CAUUAUUUGACAAAUACGAAAACCCCUCAAACCUAAAAAGCACACACAAGGUGAAAAAAACGACAUCGUAGAGAAAAAACAAGAGAAUGAAAAGAGACAGCGCACUCGCUCGCGUGGCAACCGGAGCCGCCGUUGGCGGCGCAAUCGGCGGCGCCGUCGGUGCUGUAUAUGGAACUUAUGAUGCAAUUCGGUAUAAGGUUCCUGGAUUCCUCAAGAUUAGGCAUAUUGGACAAACCACUCUAGGAAGUGCAGCUGUAUUUAGCUUGUUCCUUGCAGCAGGAACCUUGAUUCGUUCUCACUAGUUUGUCUUGUAUGAAAUUGUGCAGUCACUUUGAUGAGUUUUCUUCUAUGGUCGUUUUGUUAACCUUAUAGAAUUUAACCUUUUCUGUGUCUGAACAAAACUAUUAUGCUGUUGCAUUACUUUUCCUGCAAUAAAUAUUCGACUUUUAUUUGCUGGCUCA